GACAGAAAGGUGGAGGCAGUCAUAAAGUACGAGGGGCAUAACUGAAAAUCAAGAUGAAGAAAACAGGGAUGCUUGUUCUCUGCGUCUGUGUGACCUUCAUGUUACUGGGCAGAACUAAGGCAGAAAACACAACAGUUUAUAACUUCACCACAGAUAUGACAAAUACAACAGUGACAAGCAACUGCACCACAUCAGCUCAUGCCACUCAGCCUACAGUGACCACACUACUGCCCACCAACAGCGCUCCCAGCGCAACCCUCAGAACCAGCAAUCCUGCAACCACAAGCCCAUCUUCCACCUCCUCCACCGUUACUGUCUUCUCACAGUCCUCAGCUACCAAUGCUUCAUCACAGCAGCCCACAAUGUCCUCUGCAACAACUCAUAGCUCUGGAUCCACAACAUCCACCACUCAGCAUUCUCCAGGUGUGACUACUAGCACUUCAACAACUUCAGCUACCACACUCAAAGGAGGGUCUACGCCUUUGUUCGGGUGCCACGGUCAAAUGCUGGUGCCUGUCAUCUCCCUUCUGAUCUACAGCGCACAGAGUUGAAAGUGUACAACCGAGGGACUCUGCGGUGCACUUCCAAGAACUUUUCUCCUUAAAUCCAUAAAUCAUUUUAUAUAUUAAUGGAGAAAAGUCACAGAUUCACUUUUCCUCACUAAAAAUGUUUGAUUUCUGACUCUGGGAACCUCUUAUUUGAUGGCUAUCACACUUGUAGCAUACUAAUGCUGUGAAGUGCUUUGUUUGCACUGAGCUCUUUUCUGAUUUUAACUGCGACUCACAAUCUCUGUAAAUGAUGUAUUAGCCCAUGAUUGUAAUGUUAAAACUAUGUUUCACUCAAUGCCAAAUAGUGCACAUAAAAUUUCUCUGGAUUUUGCAGCAAAUAAAUCUGAAAUUUAACUGCCAAUGGACUCUAAAUGUAUUCUUCAAAGAAAAAAAAAAGCAAAAAACAAACAUAUUAGCAACUGGGAGGGAAAUGGUGGGAACAUUCAAUAGAACUAGAUUAAUCCUACAAGAACCUCAGUUCUACUUAAAGUGAUGGGAAU